GGGGGGGGGGGGGGUUAUUUUAGUUGGACUCUGCGAUAUGUUACCACUCACCAAUAAGUAAAAUUUUGUUGUUGAAGUGCGUCAUUGUCAUUUGAUACGCAUUAAACAGUAAUAAUGCAUCACUUUUCAUAUGUUUGAGGUAUUUAAAGUGUGGUCUUGUAAAUAUUUAUUUAUGAAUAAUUGGAUAUCUAUAGAAACUAGUUUGACAAAACAUUAUGUAAUGAUCAAAAGUGUGCUAACAAUUUAACUAGUUAUCAACUAUUUUUUUACUUAAGAUCUGCAUUGAUUUUAUUUUGUAACAGAUGAUAAAGUUAUACAACAAAUUUUUUGUUUACUAUGUAAAAUGCUGUAAUUAAACUUCAAUAAUAUUUUUACUCUACCAUAUUUUAAUACCAAAAUUUUUAUUGAAUGUAACCCUUAAUUUUUUUUAAAAAAUCAGGCUUUUUAAUAGUUACUAAUUUUCUUAACUCUAUCGUAGACUAUUUAAUGUGUUCACACACUCCUUUUUUUUAAUCAACUUAUUUUCAACAUUCAUCUUUUUAACUUUUGUAUUAGUGAAUUGAAGUUCUCUUUGGGCGAGAACUGAAUAAUAUUAUUGUUGAAAAAUAAAUAAGUUACAAAAUCAUUAAGAUUCACAUCAACUAAAAUGCCGGAAUGAAAAUGUUUUUAGAAAUUGAAAGUUUUGGUAUCUUGCCGAACAUGGUCAUGGUCGAGGUUUAUGCAUACAAAAGCACCAAAUAAUUGUGAUUGGUUAUGAAUUAAGAAAACUGAGGUGAAAAACGCCACAUACAAAGUUGGAUCUUUAGUUUAGCCAAAUAUUGUUUUUCUUUACUGAGUUUUCAUAUCUAACUAAGAAUUAGAAAAAUAAUCAGAUUGUUAGAAAAAUCUGAAAUCAGAAAAGCUUUAAAAGAAAAGAAAAUUUUCGAAAUCGAUUGAAAAACAAAAUUCAUGUACCGAGUGAAAAGAUCACAUUAUUUUCGACACAAGUCUAACCUAUUUCACUCGAUUGCAUCAUAUUUUUAUUAUAUUUACCAAGAAUAUUCUAUAAGAAAGUACACGUUAUUGGUUAUAGACUACAUCAAUUUUGUAACAUGCCCAAUGACACGACGUCCAACCAUUUUUAUUGGUAUUCUUAAAGUAUGGUCCAAUAAUUAUUUGUGCAAAAUAAGCCCAAAAUAUUAGUUUAUAUUUAUUUAUUUAUAUUUAUAUUAGUAGAAGAAAGUAAGUCUGGGUAAAAUAUUUAGAUCCGAAGAACCAAACCGAACUUGAUUUGAAAGUAAUACUAAACACAAACUAAAACUGAUUUAAUACUCAAAUGGAUCUAAAAGUUUAAUAUUCGGAUAACAAGACCCGAAUCCGAUCCAAAUAUCUAAAACACAAUUAUAUACUUAAAUAUGUUAGUUAUUUUAAAUUUUAAAUUUAUUAGAUAUUCAUUAAUAUGAAAAUAUCUAAAAUAACAAAAUAUGUCCAAAAUACUAAAAAUAUAUUGUUUUUCUCCAUCUAAAUAUUUAAAUUGAAUUAUUUCUUAUGUAAAUAUAAGUAUUUAGUCUUACAUUAUUCAAAUUUUUAUCUUUUAUAUUAUUUUUAUUUUCGGAUUUUGAGGAUUAAGUAUAUUUGGAUUUUUGUAAAAUAUUACAUAAUUAAAAUAACUAUUCGAACUCGGACUUGAACCGAACAUGCAAUGAUUCAAACCAAAUUUAAAUCAAAAUUUGUAAAUAUCUGAAUCAUAUUUAAAUUUUUAACUCUAAAAAUUUGAAAUCUGAGUGGAUCAUCUCAAUCUGAACGAAUAUCUGAAUGUCCUCCCUUGAAAAAGUUAUACGACAAAUCUCUUACUACAACGAAAAAUAAAUAAUUUUAUCAAUUAUUUUACUAUACUACCUAGUUUUAUAGUAUAUGAAUGACUAUGAAAUCAGUAACUAUAAUCAUAUGCACCACCCCAUGUCUUUGAUUCUAGACCAAGAAGAAAAUCCUAUGAGAAACGGAAGUUUCAAUUGGUCAAUAAAAGAUGAGUCUAUUAUAUUGGGUCAAAAUGAAACAAAAAAGAAAGAAAAAAAAUCCAAAAUAGACCAAAAAUUUAUGUUAUAGAUAUCAAUAUAAGUAUAUCCCCUAUACAUCAAUGUAAAUAGGGGAUUUCUAACUAUGCAGGGCCUCAAGUUUCCAAAAUUGACUCAAUUCAUUCAAAACAACAGUCAACAUUUUGAUAUGCAAAAACAAGUCAAGAUCUGUAUGACCAUCAAAUUAUGGAAAUGAGGACUUUUUAAUAUAUAUUAAAUUAUUUAUUAUUUUCAAAAUAAUGUAAAAUUUGGAUUGGCUCCCCUUUUGUUUGAAUAGUUUCUGACUUUGUGAAAGACAGCUUGGGAUUAAUUUAAUCUACAUGUAAAGUUUUGCAAACAAAUUAAAGAAAAAGACAAAAUGAAAUCUCUCAGUGGGUUUUUGUUUUUCUUGAUAAUAGCUUUUGCCAUUCUUCAAUCAGUCCACGCUCAAAAUCAAUCAGGAUUUAUCAGCUUGGCUUGUGGAUUAAUCCCUAAGAGUGCAACCUAUACGGAGAAGACAACGAAUAUAACAUACAUAUCAGACGCGGACUUUAUUGACAGUGGAAUCGUCGGGAGGAUCGAUGAUUCAUACAAGACACUGUUUCAACAACAGACUUGGACCUUAAGAAGCUUCCCUGAAGGUCAGAGAAACUGUUACACUUUCAACCUUAAAGAGAACAGUAAAUAUCUGAUCAGAGGAACUUUUGUGUACGGAAAUUAUGACGGUCUUAAUCAGAUGCCUGAGUUUGAUCUUCACGUUGGUCCUAAUAAAUGGACUUCUGUUACACUUGAAGGAGUAGCAAAUGCUUCGAUCUACGAGAUCAUCCAUGUUGUAGCACAUGAUCGGCUUCAAGUUUGUCUUAUCAAAAUCGGAGAAACGACACCGUUUAUAUCGUCCUUGGAACUUCGUCCGUUGAACAACAAUACGUACCAGUGUUUCACAAAAAAAAAAGAGAACAACAAUACGUACCUAACUCAUGAAUCCCUGAUGUCGUUCGCUAGAAUUUACUUUCCGCAGACUCCAUCUUUCCUCAGGUAUGAUGAAGACGUCCAUGACAGAGUUUGGGUUCCAUACAAAAAUAACAAAACCGUGUCGUUAAGUACUAAUCUUACAAUCGAUACAAGUAGUGGUUCUUACAAUGUGCCUCAACAUGUGGCAAACUCCGCAAUUUUUCCUGCAAAUGCUUCUCAUCCUCUCAACAUAUGGUGGGAUAUUGGCGACACCAAUGCACACUCAUAUAUAUACAUGCAUUUCGCAGAAAUUCAGAAUCUUGGCUCUAAUGAGAUCCGAGAAUUUAACAUUACUUACAACGGUGGUGAGGUUUGGGAAAGUUUCUUUAGACCUCACAAACUCAAGAUCACAACUAUCUUUAGUCGAACAGCUUUGAGUUCUUCAGAUGGGAAAUUCAAUUUCACUUUUACAAUGACUGAAAGCUCUACUCUUCCUCCACUUAUCAAUGCCCUUGAGGUCUAUACAGAUGUGGAAAAUUUGCUGCUCGAGACUCACCAAGAUGAAGUUUCUGCUAUGAUGAACAUCAAGAAAACAUAUGGAUUGAUGAAUAAAAAAAUAAGCUGGCAAGGGGAUCCAUGUUCUCCUAAAACUUAUCGAUGGAAAGGCGUGAAGUGCCUUUAUCUGAACUCUGAUCAGCCUCGCAUCAUAUCCUUGAAGUUGGCAGCGAGUGAUUUGAACGGUGCCAUAACACCUGAUAUAGCUGGCCUAACACAACUGAGAGAACUAGAUUUAUCAAAGAAUGAUUUAUCAGGAGAGCUUCCAGAUUUUCUUGCUGAUAUGAAGUUGUUGACACUCAUAAACUUAAAGAGAAACCCUAAGCUGAAUCUCACAAUUCCUGAUUCUCUUCAACAUAAGAUAGAUGACAAAGUUUUAAUACUACUUAUAGAUGAAAAACUGGGUAGAAAGUUUCCUUUGGUUGCUGUCACGGUAUCGGUGGUGGCUGGCGUGAUCACUUUACUAGCUAUCUUUACCAUAUGUUUCAUUGUCGCAAGGAAAAAACAUAGUGAAGUCCCUAGUAAUAUUAAUAGUGAGACGAGAUCAACCAAUCAAUCAAUCAGAACAAAGGAACGAAUAUACACGUAUUCUGAGAUACUAAAGAUGACGAAUAACUUUGAGAGAGUUCUUGGUAAAGGAAGCUAUGGAAGAGUGUAUUAUGGAAACUUAAAUGGUACUCAAGUAGCUGUGAAAAUGCUCUUUCAUACAUCAGCUUCCCACGACUAUAAUCAUUUCAAAGCAGAGGUUGAAUUUCUUUCAAGAGUUCACCAUAGAAAUUUGGUGGGACUUGUGGGUUACUGUGAUGAUGGUGAAAACUUGGCUUUGAUUUAUCAGUACAUGGCCAAUGGAGAUUUAAAGGAGAAUAUAUCAGGAAAAAGCGGUGGACAUGUUCUAACUUGGGAGAACAGACUGCUAAUAGCGAUGGAAGCUGCACAGGGAUUGGAGUAUCUACACAAUGGAAGUGUACCUCCCAUAGUCCAUAGAGAUGUGAAAUCUACUAACAUAUUGUUGAAUGAGCUGUUUGAAGCGAAGCUAGCUGAUUUUGGGCUUUCUAGAUCUUGCCCGGUGGAAUCAACAGUAGUUGCAGGAACACCUGGUUACUUAGAUCCUGAGUACUACAUAACAAACUUGCUAAGCGAGAAGAGUGAUGUGUACAGCUUUGGGAUAGUGCUAUUAGAGAUCAUAACAAACCAGGCUGUGAUUGAUACAACCCGAGAGAGAUCUCACAUUACAAAUUGGGUUAGAUUCAUGAUCGGGAAAGGAAACAUUAAGAAUAUUAUUGACCCAAAACUGAUGGGAGAUUUUGAUACAAACGGUGUGUGGAAGGCUAUUGAGUUGGCUAUGACUUGUGUAAACCCAACCUCCAACCAUAGACCAACAAUGCCACAUGUUGUGAUGGAGCUAAAUGAAUGUCUGGAGUCUGAAAUUUCCAGGAAACAAGGGAGACAAGUGAUGUGUUUUGAAGAUUCUAUUGACUUUAAUUUAUCUCCUGGUUCUGAAAGCCCUCCUAGACCGAGGUGAGUUGAAAGGAAUUGACGUUUAAUUAACGCAAUGAUUUGCCACUCGAUAGCUAUUUAAGGCUUAGCUUUUGAUUAGCUUUCAUUUAAAAAAAACCUCUGCUCUAAUGUAACACAAAGUGUAAAACAGUGUUUUUGCUUGAAUUAAUUUAACAUUAUUUCAAAAAAAAAAAUUCACUUCGAAGUGUUAAGUUAUCUAUGGAAUUGAAAAUUGUCUUCUGUAAUUUGCAUCGAGCAAAAAUGUUUGUUUCUAUAUCCUUAGCGUUUAUUUUAAAAAGUUAAGAACACAAAUUAUUUAGAUAUUUUAAAUUAACAAUUUUCAAUAAAUAACUCUUUCAUAAAAGUAUGGACCCCACAGACAAAUAUCAAUACUAUUAAAACAUAAAAUUUUUUUUUCAGGAAUCCUUAUGUUUUAAAAGUAUUUACAGAUCUUUGUCAUUGUCUAAUUUAAACCUAUGCUUUUAAUCAAACACUAUGUUAUUUGGAAAAUCCUUUUAAUUAGCCAGCUAUAGACGAUAGAGAUUUGUAGAAUCUGAAAACCAACCAAACCCUAACCAGAAAUUGAAAAGAGGAUGAAAGAAAAU